AUGUUCAAAAUAUACCCACAAGCCCCAUUCAGACAUAUAUCCAAGCGAACCGCUCAAUGGCAAUUAAUCCAAUAUGCUGGCCAUGUGCGUUUCUUCCAGGCCUCGCCCCUAUCAUUAGCGAAGCAGAUGCCUCCACGCCCAACACUAGACGAAUCUGAAAUAACUGGAACCUACCUCAAAGGAUCAGGCCCAGGGGGCCAAAAAAUUGUCAGUCAAUCACUCAUUCCACGGUCGUUAGUUGCCCUUCACAAACUAGCUGUUUCACCAAUUGGGAUGAUCAGUUCGGCCGUACAACUCAUUCACAUACCAACAAACACGGUUGUGAAAUGUCAAGCAACACGUUCCCAAUCACAGAACCGGAAAAUCGCGAAGAGGAUACUCGCUGAGAAGAUAGAAUUGCUUGAGAAAGGAGAACAGAGUCGAGCGGCUAUAGUGAAUAACGUGAAGAAGAAAAGGAAGGCGAGUAAGAUGAAGAAAAGUAAAAGGAAGUAUCGGGCUUUGGAGGAGGAGAAGAGGAAGAAAAGGGCAGAAGCUGGAUUGGAGGAGGAAGGAGAGAUUUGUGAGGGUGAAGCAGAUGGUAUAGAGGAAGUUGAGGAAGCAGGUAAAGCCAAUGAAAAGGUUAGCGAGGAGGAGAAAUAA